AUGGAGGCCGCACACCCGGGGGGCGAAGCCGAGGACGGUGCACUCAAGGAUGCGAACGCGUAUAGCGACGCCGACUUCGCAAGCGAUCUUUCCGCGACACAGGCACCCGCGGAGUACGGCCGGGCGGCGGUAUACCGCCGAAGCCUCCUGACGCAAACCGUGAGCGUAUUCAUGCAGGCGCAGGAAGCCCUCGAGGAGCCCGCCGAAGAAGCUAAACGGCGAGGAUGGGUAUAA